GAUUACAAUUAUUUUAUUACAAGUAAAAAAAAAAAGCAGACACAAGUUCUCUAUGCUCUGUCUUCCUCCUAAAAAAAGAAAAUUUCUGUUCUGAAACGCCUUCGAGGGAGGGAGGGAGAGAAAGGGAUGUACUUGAGAACAAAAACCAAGAGUCUUCAAAAUUCAAAAUAUCAUGCGAUUGGAAAGUUUUAAUCUUUGAAAGGUCAAAAGAUUCUUUGGGGGGGGGGGGUUUUAGCUUCUGAUUUCAUCUAUCUGUCACAGCAAAGAAGAGAAAGUUAGCACUCUCGACGAUGGCUAGGAAUUUCUUGUUAGUGCUUCUAUGGUUCAUCGUACAGGUGUCUUCAAGUCACGAAAAUGGACGUGGAGAUCAAGCACUGUCUCAAAUUGAUAUAUACGCCAUAAAUUUAGCUCAGCAUCACUCUGCUUUUAUUCACGUUUCCCCUCUUGUUCUUGGUUCCCAGGGUCAGGACACAGAAUGGGUAAAUGUUGUUAUCUCAAAUCCGGAGCCUUCUUCAGACGAUUGGGUUGGAGUCUUCUCACCAGCAAAAUUCGACUCAUCUUCUUGUGCUCCAACAGAUGACAAAGAGAUAGCUCCUUUUAUUUGCUCAGCUCCAGUCAAGUAUAUGUAUGCCAAGUCCAGUCCUGACUAUAUGAAGACUGGGAAUGCGGUUUUGAAGUUCAUGCUUAUAAACCAGAGAGCUGAUUUCUCCUUUGCCCUCUUCACUGGGGGACUCUCAAAUCCAACACUUGUCUCGGUUUCAAAUCAUGUAUCGUUUAUCAAUCCUAAAGCUCCUGUCUAUCCACGUCUUGCUUUAGGGAAGAAAUGGGACGAGAUGACCGUAACAUGGACAAGUGGUUACAACAUAGGUGAGGCUGUUCCGUUUGUGGAAUGGAGUCGUAAGGGAACUCGAAGUAGACGAUCGCCAGCUGGUACCUUGACUUUUACCAGGAACAGCAUGUGUGGUGCUCCUGCUCGUACUGUUGGUUGGCGUGAUCCAGGUUUCAUCCACACUGCUUCAUUGAAAGAUCUUUGGCCAAACCUCAAGUACACAUACAGGAUGGGUCAUGAGUUGAUGAAUGGAUCAAUAGUUUGGAGCAAGAAUUUCACUUUCAAGUCCUCUCCUUAUCCUGGACAAGACUCGUUACAACGGGUCAUAAUCUUCGGGGACAUGGGGAAGGGAGAGCGGGAUGGUUCAAACGAGUACAAUGAUUAUCAGCCUGGUUCUCUCAACACCACUGAUCAACUCAUCAAGGACUUGAAGAACAUUGACAUUGUUUUCCACAUUGGAGAUAUCACUUACGCAAAUGGUUACAUCUCGCAGUGGGAUCAGUUCACAGCUCAAGUUGAACCUAUUGCUUCUACUGUUCCAUACAUGGUCGCAAGUGGCAACCACGAGCGGGAUUGGCCAGACUCUGGAUCCUUCUAUGGUGGUAAAGACUCUGGAGGGGAGUGUGGGGUUCCUGCGGAAACCAUGUUUGAUUUUCCUGCUGAGAACAAAGCUAAGUUCUGGUACUCUGCGGAUUAUGGAAUGUUUCGGUUCUGUGUAGCGGACACUGAACAUGAUUGGAGAGAAGGGUCAGAGCAAUACCAAUUCAUAGAGCGUUGUCUUGCCUCUGUAGACAGAAGGGCUCAGCCUUGGUUGAUUUUUAUUGCUCAUCGUGUUCUCGGUUAUUCAACAAACGAUUGGUAUGGUCAAGAAGGUUCCUUUGAAGAACCUAUGGGAAGAGAGAGCUUGCAAAAGCUCUGGCAGAAGUAUAAAGUAGACAUCGCGUUCUACGGUCAUGUUCAUAACUAUGAAAGAACAUGCCCCAUUUACCAGAACCAAUGUAUGGACAAUGAGAAAAGUCACUACUCAGGAGCCUUCAAAGGAACUAUACACGUGGUUGUUGGUGGUGCAGGAAGUCACUUGUCUUCGUUCAGCUCGCUGAAACCCAAGUGGAGUAUCUUCAGAGACUAUGAUUACGGGUUUGUGAAGUUGACGGCUUUUGAUCACUCCUCUCUUCUCUUCGAAUACAAGAAAAGCAGCAAUGGAGCUGUACAUGACUCCUUCACUAUCUUUAGAGAAUACAGAGAUGUCUUGGCUUGUGUUCGAGAUAGCUGCGAGCCAACCACAUUAGCUUCAUGAUUUCUUCGAGCGUUUGAUGUUGUGAGGUAGUAAGUAAAGAAACAGUCCUAGUUUUGAUUCCUUGUAGAUUAUACAAUUGUUUCUUGCUCAUCUCUUAACAAACAAAUGUGAUCAUCAAUGUAGUUUUUUUUUUCUUCAAACGUCAAAGAUAUUGUUAAAUAUAAACAUCAAACAAUCUUCAAAAUAAAAAUAAAACUAUUUCCAUCAAA